AGCUUAUUUAAAGCGCCAAUCUCCAUCGAUAUUAUCACUCUCUCCUAAAUCCUCCAUCGAUGGAUGGCAAGGGGUACACGAGGGAUGGGUCCGUGGACCUCCAUGGCCGGCCUGCGGUCGCAUCUCGGACUGGGAGGUGGAGAGCCUGCGCCUUCCUCGUAGGAUACGAGGCGUUCGAGAGGAUGGCCUUCUACGGCGUGGCCGCCAACCUGGUGGUGUACCUCACCACGCAGCUGCGCGAGGACACUGUGUCGUCGGUGAGGAACGUCAACAACUGGUCGGGGUCGGUUUGGCUCACGCCGAUCCUCGGAGCUUACAUCGCCGACACCUACUUCGGUCGCUUCUGGACCUUCACCGUCUCCUCCCUCGUCUAUAUCCUGGGGAUGGUUCUGCUGACCAUGGCAGUCUCCAUCAAGUCUCUCCGGCCAACCUGCAGCGGCGAGGUGUGCGAGAAGGCGUCAGCGGCCCAGAUCGCCUACUUCUACGCCGCUCUCUACGUCAUGGCCGUCGGCGCCGGCGGCACCAAGCCCAACAUCUCGACGUUCGGCGCCGAUCAGUUUGAUGACUUUGAUCCCUGGGAGAAGAAGCUCAAGGCGUCCUUCUUCAACUGGUGGAUGUUCAGCUCCUUCCUCGGCGGCCUCAUUGCCACGCUCGGCCUCGUCUACGUGCAGGAGAACGUCGGGUGGGGCGUUGGGUACGGCAUUCCGACCAUCGGCCUCGUCGUCUCGCUCCUCAUCUUCUACCUGGGCACGCCCAAUUACCGGCACAAGGCCGUGAAGGACGCCAGCCCGACUAGGGAAUUGAGGAGGGUUCUGGCGACGGCCUUCGCGAACCGACAGCUCAAGCUCCCCGGCGACCCGGCGGAGCUGCACGAGUUGGACCCGCAGCAUUACUUGAUCGCCGGGAAACGAAGGCUGUGUCAUAGCCCUUCCUUCAGGUUUCUCGACCGAGCCGCCAUUAAAGAAGGGCCGAAUCCAUGCACGGUGACGCAAGUCCAAGAGACGAAGCUCGUCCUUGGCAUGGCGCUGGUGUGGCUCACCACCCUCAUCCCCUGCACCAUCUUCGCGCAGGUCAACACUCUGUUCGUGAAGCAGGGCAUCACCAUGGACCGCCGCCUCGGCGGCAGAGGAUUCCACCUCCCCGCCGCCUCCCUCAGCAGCUUCAUCGUCGUCUCCAUGCUCGUCGCCGUCCCGCUCUACGACCGCUACUUCGUCCCCUUCAUGCGCCGGCGCACCGGCAACCCCCGGGGCAUCUCCCUGCUGCAGCGCGUCGGCAUCGGCUUCGCCUCCCACGUGCUUGUCACGCUCGUGGCCUACGCCGUCGAGCUGCGCCGCCUGGACGCCGCCCGCCGCCGCGGCGUGCUAUCCCCGGGGCAGGUGGUGCCGAUGUCCAUUCUCUGGCUUCUGCCGCAAUACAUGCUCCUGGGGAUCGGCGACGUGUUCAACGCCAUCGGGAUGCUGGAGUUCUUCUACGACCAGUCGCCGGAGGGGAUGCAGAGCCUAGGCACCACCUUCUUCACCAGCGGCAUCGGUGCAGGGAACUUCCUCAACAGCCUACUCGUGACCGUGGUCGACCGUGUGACGAGGCGCGAGGGAGGCCGGAGCUGGAUCGGGAACGACCUCAACAGCUCGCACCUCGACUACUACUACGCCUUCCUGAUGGCCCUGUCGGCGCUAAACCUGGCGGCCUUCGUGUCAGUGGCGGCGAAGUACGAGUACAAGCGGGAGGUAGUGUUGGAGGUGGCGCCGCCGGAGGGAAAAGCUUCGGCGGUGGCCGGCCCAGGCGAUCGGCGAGUCUGACGAAUCAAUUUGGCAAACAAUUAAUACAAAAUUACCAAGUAAACGCAUCGUUUUUUCA